GUAUAAGUCUGGCCAGCUCACGUCUCUCAGCUCAUUCAAACGUCUUCCAGACAGCGCGAUGUAUUCAGAGCUUGAGUGCGGAAUUUGUUACCAGACUUACAACGCGGGUCGGCGGUGUCCCCGGGAGCUCCAGUGCAAACACAGCUUCUGCGAGAACUGCCUGCUGGCCCUUUCACGACCUCCUCAGGGGGGACCCGAUGACGACGGGACGACAGCACGUCUGGGAGCUGACAAAUCCAUCGUCUGCCCGCUGUGUCGACACGUCACAUCCAUCCACGGAGACAGGCGGCUCCGGGUGGAGCUCAGAGUGGACGAGCGCGUCCUGGAGCGGCUGCUGACCGCGGGAGUCCUCGACCGGGAGGACGAUGACGACCAGGAGGAGGAGAGGAGGAGGAGGAGAGGAAGGUGUCGUUCAAGGCGGCCGUGACGUCACCGAGGAGGGACGCUCUCCGACAACCAGCCGAAGAGGGCGACUCCUCACCGGGCUCCAGAGGCGGAAGGCUCCGGAGGUCCUGGAGUAAAGUUUGGAGGAAGAUAAGCGGAAAGCAGUCACGGCAAAACUGUAUGAACAAUGAUGACAUGAAGCACCUCGCCAUGAUGUCCGCCUACAUGUUUUAAGGAGUCAACAGAUACCCUGGACAAUGUGACGCUGCAUCCUUUUUUUUUACAUGGCUCAGUGGACCAAAAAACGCAACACGGCCUUACUUGGCAAGACACAUCACCGUGAUUUAACUUGUCUUUACAGCCUUGUGUUGGCUUGUUCAAACUAUGUGUGAAAAAAGGAAAACCUGUGAAUCUCAAAAUGGCCUAUUUUACACAGAUACUCGCACUUUUAUGUAGCCUAUUAUAUUUAUUCAUUUGAAUUGUAUUUAUUUUGAUAAACAUGUAAAAUAUUUAUGGAAAA